AUGACCACAUCUCUCUCAAACGCCUACAAAGACACCAACAUUCAUCUCAAUAAUAUAAUCCCACUCGAUUUCGGGUCAAUCCUGCAACUUCCUGAGUCCCAUGUCUGGACAGACGAUGGCGAUUCAGGUAAUGACCACCGCACGUGUCUGGCGCGCCAGCCACGUGCGGAGCCAGCAUCCCCUCCGGUCAUCGACCUGCGGGCCCCGGACGCAGUGGGGCUCGUGGGAGAUGCAUGCCGGUGGUGGGGGGUGUUCCAGGUGACGAACCACGAGGUCUCUCAGGACCUCGUGGAGGUAGUCGAGGCGCAUGCCCGGAGGCUCUUCGAGCUUCCUACCUACCAGAAGCUGAAGGCGCUCCGGGCCCAGAACGGGGUGACCGGGUACGGCGUGGCCCGGAUUUCUCCGUUCUUCACAAAAUUAAUGUGGCAUGAAGGCUUUACUAUUAUGGGGUCAGCCAUGGAGCAUGCCAAGCUGCUUUGGCCCCAUCACUAUGAAGAGUUUUGUGAUGCGAUGGACAAGUACCAGAAGAAGAUGAAAUCACUAGCCUACAACAUCUUGCUCGUCAUGCUCAAGGCAUUGGGAGUGGACGAAGAAGAUCAUGAAAAACUUUCAUCGUCAUUUCUCUAUCAAUCAGAUGGUGCGUUGCAACUCAAUUCGUACCCUAGUUGCCCAAACCCUAGCCGGGCAAUCGGCCUAGCACCACACACCGAUUCAUUACUACUAACUAUCUUGCAUCAGAACGACACCAAUGGCCUCCAAAUCAUGCAAGAGGGGGUUGGAUGGGUUCCAAUCCGACCAACCCCAGGAGCCCUAGUCGUCAACAUUGGUGACCUCAUGCACAUUUUGUCCAACGCGACUUUCCACAAUAUGUACCAUCGUGUUGUCCCAAAUGAGAUGAGCCAUAGAUUUACCAUGGCGUACUUCUAUGGCCCUCCGGCUGAUUCCGUGCUGGCCCCGCUGCCUAAGCUACCCGGGCCACCCCGGUUCCGGGCCAUCACGGUUAAGGAGUACAUCGGCCUCAAGAACAAGCAUCUUGAAAAAGCUCUUUCUAUUAUUCAAAUUUGAUUAUUAAUUUGGAUUCAUGCUAGUUGGUUUGAAAAUUAAUUUGUCAUUCCAUUUAGUUGACUAGGUUUUUUGAGAAAAAUUGAUGUUGUGGUCACAUUUUAUUUAUUAUAAGGUUGCUAAUUAUAUGUUGAACUAAUUUAGCAGU